UGAGGAGAUACUAUUACUCAGUCGAUUCCGGUUCUCUGAGUAUCUACUACCUCAUUGAGAAUUCAUUGUUUUGAUGCAAUGGAGUGUUCGCUUUCACUUUUUGCUGUGAUUAUAGUGGGACUAACAUCACUAGUGUAUCUUUUCUUCAAAAGGAAGUUUUCAUACUGGGCUAAUCGCGGAGUGAAGCAACUUGAACCGCGAAUUCCGGUGGGGAAUCUUCUCCAAAAACAUUUUAGAACAAUUAUCGGCAACAUAUACGCAGUUAAAGAUGGCAGUGCAUUUGUUGGAGGAUAUUUCUUCACGAAACCAGUUGUCGUUGCCACAGAUUUGGACUUCGUGCAAGAUAUUUUGAUCAGAGAUUUCAAUAAUUUCCAUGCUCGUGGGGAAUACAACAAUGAGGAAGUUGAACCCAUCACUGCUCACAUGUUCUCCCUUGAUGGUCCGAAAUGGAAGUCACUACGAGUGAAAUUUUCCCCAACCUUCAGCUCCGGCAAAUUGAAGUUCAUGUUUCCUACAAUAGUAGAAGUUUCUCAAAGAUUCCGUGAAGCUUUAGAUGAGCUCCUCUGCGCAGAUAAUGUUCAAGAUGUAAAAGAUCUGUCAGCCCGAUUUACCACUGAUGUGAUUGGCAGCUGUGCUUUUGGCAUAGAGUGCAACAGUUUAAAAGACCCGGACAAUGAAUUCCGUAAAUAUGGGCGCAUGGCAUUCCAGCUCAAAAUAGGUAUAUUAACAAGAGCUUUGAUGAUGCUUUUUCCAGCCGCCGCAAAAAUCUUCCGACUGAAAGUGUUUCAGGAAGACAUGACAGAAUUCUUCAUGAGAAUUGUUCGAGAAACUGUAGAAUAUCGCCAAACAAAUAAAAUUAAGCGUAACGAUUUCAUGAAUUCACUUAUUGAGCUGAUGAAUACUUCGACGAGGGAUAGUGACACUAAUACAGAAUUAGAAAAACUUACUCUCGAACAAGCUACAGCCCAAGCAUUCCUGUUUUUCAUAGCAGGAUUUGAAACGUCAUCGACGACGAUGAUGUUCACCUUAUAUGAGCUCGCACUAAACCAAGAUAUUCAAGAGAAAGCUCGAAAGGAGAUCGAAGAGAUUUUGAAAAAGUACGAAGGUGAUUUGAGCUACGAAGCUGUGAAGGAAAUGGCUUAUGUCGACCAGAUUAUUAAUGAGGCGCUUCGAAAAUAUACACCAGUUGUUGCUUUAACGCGGAAAGCGGUUGAUAACUACAAAGUUCGAAACUCCAAUGUAACUAUUGAGAAGGGUACAACGAUCCUCAUUCCAGCAUAUGCAAUACAUCAUGACCCUAAGUACUAUUUGGACCCAGAAAAAUUCGAUCCAGAUCGAUUCACGCCAGACCAGAUCAAAAAUCGGCAUCCUAUGACAUUCCUUGGAUUCGGAGAUGGUCCUAGAAAUUGUAUUGGUCUCCGUUUUGGAACAAUGCAAACACAAAUUGGCCUCAUCACUUUACUUAAAAAUUAUCGAUUCGAGGUUUGCUCAAAAACACAAAUUCCUAUGAAAUUUUCGGAAACAAAUCCUAUACUUUCACCGGAAGAUGGACUACACUUGAAAAUAGAAAAGCUUUGAAUAUCGAAAAAGAAAAAAAAAUACUAAUUGGUGCUUGGAUACUUAAAGUUCAGAAUGUUCGAUAUAUGUAUUUUUUU